AUGAGCGUUCAAAUAUUUGGCGACCAGGUGACGGAGGAAAGGGCCGAGAAUGCUCGUAUGUCUGCCUUUGUUGGUGCCAUUGCGGUAGGGGAUUUGGUGAAGACAACCUUGGGUCCAAAGGGUAUGGAUAAGCUGUUGCAGAGUGCGUCAAGUGACUCAUCCUUGGUUACCAAUGACGGUGCGACUAUUUUGAAGUCCAUUCCACUGGACAAUCCUGCAGCGAAGGUGUUGGUGAAUCUGAGUAAGGUCCAGGACGAUGAGGUCGGGGAUGGUACUACCAGUGUUACGAUUUUGGGGGCUGAGUUGCUAAGAGAAGCGGAAAAACUGGUGGACCAGAAGAUUCAUCCGCAGACUAUUAUUGAAGGUUAUCGGAUUGCAUGUGCGGCGUCUCUGGAGGCACUGAAAAAGGCUGCAGUGGAUAACCGUAACGACAAGGAUAAGUUCUACAAUGAUCUGCUGCACAUUGCGAAGACUACACUGUCUUCUAAGAUUCUUUCCCAGGAUAAGGAGCAGUUUGCUAAGCUCGCUACUGAUGCGAUUCUGAGGCUCAACGGGUCUACCAAUCUCGAGCACAUCCAGAUUAUUAAGAUUAUCGGAGGUAACCUCUCAGAUUCCUUCCUAGAUGAAGGUUUCAUUCUACCCAAGAAGUUUGGUAACAACCAGCCAAAACGUGUGGAGAAAGCCAAAAUAUUGAUUGCAAACACCUCCUUGGAUACUGAUAAGGUGAAGAUUUUUGGUGCUAAGUUUAAGGUCGACUCCACCUCGAAGUUGGCCGAGCUUGAAAAGGCAGAACGUGAGAAAAUGAAGAGCAAGAUCGAAAAAAUAUCCAAAUUUGGCAUUAACACAUUUAUUAAUAGGCAACUAAUCUACGAUUACCCUGAGCAGCUGUUCACCGACCUAGGAAUAAACUCUAUAGAGCAUGCCGAUUUCGAAGGUGUAGAAAGGUUGGCCCUCGUUACUGGUGGUGAAGUUGUAUCUACUUUUGACCACCCAGAGAAGUGUAGGCUAGGUGAGUGUGAUUUGAUCGAGGAAAUAAUGAUCGGGGAGGAUACUUACACCAAGUUCAACGGGUGUAAGGUGAGCAAUGCAUGCACUGUUGUUCUGAGAGGUGCCACUCUUCAAGUUUUGGAUGAGGCCGAGAGAUCUCUCCAUGACGCAUUGUCUGUGCUAUCCCAGACUACUAAGGAGUCCCGUACUCUACUCGGUGGUGGCUGCGCAGAGAUGCUCAUGUCCAAAGCUGUCGACACCGCUGCUCAGAAUGUCGACGGAAAGAAAUCGUUGGCCGUCGAAGCUUUUGCGAGGGCACUACGCCAACUACCAACGAUCUUGGCCGACAAUGCCGGUCUCGACAGUAGUGAGAUCGUGUCCAAACUGAGAACCGCUAUCUACAAUGGCAUGAGUACCAGUGGCUUGGACCUGGAAAACGGUACUAUUGCUGAUAUGAGGGAGCUGGGCAUCGUAGAAAGCUAUAAACUGAAGCACGCAGUUGUCAGCUCUGCAGCUGAAGCAGCUGAAGUUCUGCUGAGGGUAGACAACAUUAUCCGUGCAAAGCCCAGAACUGCCAACAGAGGCUGA